CUUAUAAAGGGGGAGGGGGGGAAGAUGAGGCGGAUGAAUCAGACGUUGACGGCGGUGCCUGGCGCGUCUGGUGGCUGAAGCUUUGCGGCUGACACCGGCUGCGCGGAACAGGGAAUGGCCUUGUGAACUUUAUGGGGGGAGAAUUGAGAUUUAGACCCCGCCCGAGCGGAAAGCGUUUCGACUGCCAUGGGAAACGGCGAAACUGACCCCAACUAAGUUUCUGCGAAGUUCUUUCCCCGUUCAAUGGGCUGCCACGAUUGGAGCAGGCUGACCACGCCCCUCUUCUGAAAAACGAGUUCCUUGUUUGUCUUUGACCAGAGGCAGUAUGCCAGCAGCCUCCAUGGCUGAGGAUCCUGUGAAGCUGCAAGCAGAGGUGGAGCGGCUGGUGGCUGAGCUGCGAGAGGCAACACGAGAGAAGGUACAGGCAGCGCAAUAUGGACUGGCUGUACUGGAGGAGAAUGGUGAGCUCAAGCAGCGCUGUGGUGAGCUGGAAGGCCAGGCAGAAGUGAUGCGCUUGGAACUGGUCCAUAUGAAGGAGGCUUUGGCAGAGUCCCACAGCAGUCAUAAACGGGCAGCAGCUGAUGGGGAGAGCAGAGAAGAGUAUCUACUCAGUGAAACUGCUUCCAAAGAGGCCUGUCUAAACCAAACCAUUGAGGAGCUCCAAGGUGAUGUGAAGCACCUGAGAUCCCAGCUUGACAACACGAUGGUGGAAAAUGAGCGCCUUGGUGCAGCUCUACAGGAACUCAGGAAGGAGUGCCAGACCCUGGAAUCUGAGAAGACCAGGCUGCGGGAGGAAAUGAAACAGGCCAAGACACGAGAGCUGCGCCAGUUGCAGGACUGUGCAGAGCUUGAGGAGGAGAACAUCUCCCUGCAGAAGCAGGUCUCCGUGCUCAGGGGCAGUCAGGUGGAGUUUGAGAGUGUCAAGCGUGCACUGAGCUGCCGUGAGGAAGAGCUGGUCCUGGCUGGGACCCAACUGCUGGAACUAGGCCGUCUCCGAGACCUGGCAGAGCACCAGCUUCAGGAGGCGCUCGAGGCUCUGCAGGCGGAGCGUGAGCAAAAGCAGGAACUUCGGCGGGAGCUGGCCAUCUAUGCGGGAGGACGCCAUGCCUCACUCAGCAGCUUGCAGGCCAACCUGGAGGAGCUCAGCCACAGCCGUGCAGAGUACGAGGAGCAAGACAGCGGCUUUGCCAACGGCAGUAGUGUUGGGGGCCUGGCUUCCACCCCUCAUGGUGUCCAGCCUGCACCUGGUCUCGUCGCUGACCUUUUCAGUGAGCUCAGCUUGGCAGAGCUCCAUAAACUGCAGCAGCAACUGCAGCAGGCAGAAAAUGAGAAGGCCUCACUGGCUUCAGACCUGAAGGAUCUCAAGAAGCAGCUGACCAGUACCAAGGAGGCUCUGGCCCAACAGCAGUCGCGCAGCAACCGCGAGACAGAGCAACUUCGCGUCCUGGAUGCUGGCAUUAGGGGUGACAGGGCGAGCCCAUUGCUCAGUGAGCGGGAGCGCUGCCGUGAGGAGCUAGAGAAGACCCAGCUAGCAGUCCAACGGGAGAAGGAGGCGGCUGCCCAGCUAGAAACAGAGCUGCGCGUUGCCAGAAGGAUGGCCCGAGAAUGUCAGGUGCGACUGGCCCAAGCCCAAGAGGAGCUUCUAGGUUUUUCUGAAGAGAUGGCAGCUCUUUACCAUCACGUCUGUGCCUGCCACAGUAUAACACCUCAACGUGUGGUGUUGGACUAUUAUCGAGAAGGCCGUGGAGCCCGGAGUAUGUGCAGGAGACGGUCCUCGAGAAAGCUGCUGGUCACAGAGAUGGAGACGAGCAGCAGUGGGGACCAAUCCCCAGUCAGCAGCCCUGGCUCUCCUUGUGGCUUGGAGCCCCUCAAUGUGGCCAACCUGACGGCUGUCCUGCGAGAGCAGCUGGGGCAUCUGCAGGUGGCGCUGUCUCUGGCACAUCAGCAGAGCCUCAUGGGGCAUGGUGCUGAACUGGAGCGCGACAAGGAGGCACUGGUGGAGGAAGUGCUGAAGCUGAAGUCUCUGCUGAGCACCAAGCGUGAGCAGAUUGCCACCUUGCGUACGGUGCUCAAAGCCAACAAGCAGACGGCAGAGGCGGCGCUCUCAAACCUCAAAGGCCAGUACGACAGUGAGAAGGUGCUGGUGUCGGAGACCAUGGCCAAACUCCGCCACGAGCUCAAAGCCUUGAAGGAGGAUGCUGCUACCUUCUGCUCCUUGCGUGCCAUGUUUGCCAGCAGGUGUGACCAAUAUGUCAGCCAGCUAGAUGAGAUGCAGCGGCAGUUGGCAGCUGCUGAAGAUGAGAAGAAGACUCUGAGCUCCCUGUUGCGCAUGGCCAUCCAGCAGAAGUUGGCUCUCACUCAGCGGCUGGAGUCCCUCGAGAGCCCAGUUGAGGUGUUGCGGGGCAGCAGGAGAGCACUCCGGCCAGCCAAGGGCAGUGCGAGAUGAGGCAGACGGUAUCCAGUGCAGGAUUUCUAGACAACCUUUUAGCAGUUGGAUCCUCCGUUACAGUCACAGAACUCCAGUCCUUGUUUUCCUAUGAUAGGAAAGACUUGGCAUUUCUAAGCUGCAGCCAGUCAAGGAAGUCUCCAGCCAAAGCUUACUUCCUGCCCCUCUGUGCCUUUGAAGACUACUUGAAGAUACACUGCCUCUCUGGACAUGCCUCUGGUGCUCUUUUCCUAAAUGCCUCUAACAAUGUGCCUUUUUGUUGGCUCUAAUGUCAAAGUGACAGUGUUGGCCUUAAUGACCAGAAUUGGCUUUAGGGAGGGAGGUCUGUCCCUCCACUACUACCUUCUCAUCCUUCUGCAGUUACUGGGCCUGUAUCUCAUUUCUGUCUCCUUCCUAUAUACACUCUCCUGGCCUGUGGUAUUUUGCACAUAGGUGAAUAACUGCUCACUGCACAGGCUAAUGGAAUACCAGGUCCAUGCAGAUACUGGCAGAAAUGGGUUUGGGGUGGAUACAGCAAUGUCUCAUCUCCAUCCUUCCCAUUCCCAGUGGUGUAACAGUAAAAAAGAAAUGUUACGUAGUCUGGGACUAGGUAAUCCCAGCUAUAUGCCUCAAAUAAUUGGUUUCCUGGAACUCGAGUUUUCUUUAAUUGAAAUCCACAGCAUAAAAUGUAAUUCUCACAAGAUUAACAUUAAAAUGUAAUGAAAACCCAA